AUGCUUAAUUCACCGGAUGAAUUCCCAACGGAGAACAUGCUGUUCUACUAUAAUUUAUCGGGGAAGAUUAUGUUGCCGUUCAAGACAUGUCUCAUAAUUCCGACGCUGCUCGUGAUGACGAACGGUAAGUGGAGUACAACCUCUGUAUAACGAAAUUAUAUGUCUAACGACACUUUUUCUUACAACAAAUAAUUUCAACCGUCCUAAAAGUAAUGUUUUGAGCAAAAAAUGAUGUAGUAUCAGCCUGUCGGGAAAAUAAUGUGGAUUUGUCGCGCCUUGGAAUCCCCAUCAUCGCUUUGCGCGGGAUAGCCGUGGCUUGAGAUUUGGUUGACUGCGACGGGGCAAGAUAUUUUGAUGCGUCAAAUCCACAUUAUUUUCCCGACAGGCUGAUUUAGAAAAGUUUUGCUCUUGCAAUCUUUGCAGCAGUCCCCCUGUACAACUGCUUGCAUAAUGAGCUGAAAACAAGCAUUUUUUCAGCCUCUACAAAGUCGAUGAAGUUGUACCACAAAUAUAUCGUCUCGACUGUUCUCUGGUAAGCGCCACCCCUUUAUUCGAUUACCUUUUAGGUCAUUCGCCUCAAGCGUCGUCUGGACAUCUGUAGGCACGAUCGACCUGUUGCCAACCCCUUGCUUCGCCUUCUUCGGAUUUGGCUCAUCCUUAACCGAAAACGAGGCCUUAUUUUUCGGCACUGCAGCUUUUCUAACGACCGGAAGACUUGUCGCAAUCGCGUUUCAACUGCUUUUCAGAAUAUCGCAGUUUCUGCAUCCACAAUCGAAGCUCUACAAGCCUUCACAGUUUAUUACUACCGAGCAUCCGGUGUUGUCGUUUUUUGCAACGUUAGCAGCAAUAUACGGGAUUGUUUGGGUAAGCGCUUUGGCGUUUUUUUGAUGUUUUUGUAUUAUCAGUGUCGGGAAAAUAAUGAGCAGCUUUUUGAUUGCAUCAAUGUGCUUUCAGGUCCCAAUUCUCGUUACCUUCCCCGACCAGCCGCACCAACGGCAAUUGAUCGCGCUGCUAAGCCUUCGACUUGAUCGCUUUCUUAAGCGCUCUCCUCGUAUGUUAUGCUUUGCGAAAGUGAAUGGCAAUGGCAACGGCCUGCUUGUUAUCAGCGUUAUUAUAAUCUUUCUGGCCACCGUCACUCCCUGCACGAUUUACUUUAUUCAUCGCCGCGCGAUGCAAAGCCGAGCGCCGGAAAAGACGCUGGCCAUGCAUCAGAUGUUACUGAAGGCGUUUAUCGCCCAAAUUGCUCUGCUGUACGUGUUUCUGUGCUUUCCGUUGCUAAUUAUGAUGUUCUCCCCGUUCGUUGGGCUCCGUUCUGUACCCAGAUUAACGGUGUAUUUAAUGCCCACCGCGAUUCUUGAAGGGGAUUUGGAAUGCCUGCUGUUGUUAUGGUUUGUCCGACCGUAUCGAAGCUACUGCCAGAAAGUAUUUUAUUCCAUUUUUGACACAAAGACAAAAAUUCAAAAGCUUUGAGAAAUUUUGAAUAAAUGACAGUCUUGUUUUUGGCGUCACGUGUAGAUUCCAUCGAAUCUUACAUUUCAACUCGAUGUAAUUUUUGAAUUCAAAAAGUAAGAGAGAGAGAGAGAUGUUGCCAGGUGUCAACUGUUUCCACAGUUUUUUCCCGGGGUUCGAGAAUAUUCUAUGGAGAGUUUCCGAAGAAAAGUUCCAGAAUCAAGGAACAAUUUCAAUCCCGGACGAACACCAUUACCAACAAUCACGAGUUGGGACAUCCUUGGAGCACGGUGGUGUUCAUCGCCAGCUAUGACUGGAUUAUGCUACAGUUUGCUACGCCAUUCGAAACAACUCCGUUUACCGAUGUCCAGCAAGCUCAUCCAAAUCUCCUCGUCGAAGGUACUAAAUCAGAUGCCGCGUCUUCAUUUUUUCCGACUUUACGAGAAGCCCUGAAAUAUCGCCGCACUGUUCUUUCGGGAGUCACAUUCCAUCAGUAA